AUGUCUUCUCCAUUUGUAUCAUCUUCCUCCUCUGAUCCAUCUGAUUCUUCCAGUCUUUAUUAUCUUCAUCGUAGAGAUGGUCCAGGAUCCAUUAUUGUUACUCAAGUUCUCAUUGGUGACAAUUACCAUACUUGGCGUAAGUCCAUGCUCAUGACCUUAUCUGCCAAUAACAAAGUUGGUUUUGUUGAUGGCUCUAUUGCUAAACCACUCGACACUUAUUCUCUUUUUCAUUCCUGGACCAAAUGCAACAACAUGAUCAUGUCUUGGCUUUUCAAUUAUCUUUUUAAAGAGAUUGAUGCCAGUGUGAUAUAUGUUGAAUCUGCGAUGGAAGUGUGGUAUGAUCUUCAAGGAUGUUUUCCUCGAGGUAAUGGCCCUCGGAUUUUCCAACUGCAGAAGUCCAUUGCUUCUCUUAUGCAGAAUGAUCUCUUUGUCAGUGCAUAUUUCACUCAAAUAAAGGGUUUAUAG